AAGAAGCACGCUCGGUAACCCGGAACCGAAGUUCGCUGUGAACUGGACGUUCUUUCAUUUUAGCUGAAGAACGAAAAUUGUCUGCUUGUUUUCCCCAUGAUGUCUGUCUGAGGACCAAAAGCAUUAAACGAACUCUUAUUCCUGGCCUGAAAGAGGCCGUGCCGCACACGAAGAGACUGGGAACAUAUCUGUUGACCUAAACAAUUUAACGGAACCGUUACCGGUCGUCAAAGAAGCUUUGCUGUUCCUUUAACUUAGACACUGGGAAUCCAACUCAGCGUUAUAUCGUGUCUGACUCGUCAAGAAUAUCUGACAAGACAGGAGCUCAUCAGUUGACGAAGAGGAAGACAGCAGGAGUUGCAGGGAUUCGAGCAUCGGGCCCUGAGAUGACAUCACAGCAGCCACAGCUCCCCAAUGCUGUUAUUCCUCCCCAGCUUGCCCAGAACUCCUCUGCUCCGCAGGCCCGGCCUCACAUUCAGGCAAAUCAGCUGGACUCAAGUCAGAGCAGUGCAGGGCCUCUGGACCACAGAGCUCUGACAGGCAGGCCGGGCUGCUCCGGUGUGGCAGCGACCAACGGGGAGGUGGCUAACAGGAACGUUUCUGCCUCCUGCACCAAGUCCAGCUUGUCCAGAAGAGAUGGGGGCUUUGAGCCAUGGCCCGAGGAAGCAGUGGACAACUCCCAUGGGCUGUACUCACUGCACCGCAUGUUUGACAUAGUUGGAGCCCAGCUGACACACCGGGAUGUCAGGGUACUGUCAUUCCUGUUUGUUGAUGUGAUCGACGAGUACGAGCGUGGUGGCAUCAGGAGUGGAAGGGAUUUCCUGCUGGCCCUAGAGCGCCAGGGUCGCUGUGAUGAGACCAACUUCCGACACGUUCUCCAGCUUCUAAGGAUUAUCACUCGCCAUGACCUGUUGCCUUAUGUCACACUCAGGAAACGGCAGGCCGUGUGCCCAGACCCUGUUGACAAAUACCUGGAAGAGACGUCAGUGCGCUACAUUUCACCAAGAGGAGCAGUGCAGAGCAAGGACACAGCGCCUCACAGACGAACAGGUCCUCAGCCAGUCAUUUGCUGUUCCCCGUCAGGACCCCAUGUUGGCCCUCCCCGAACAAAGCCAGCUCCUCCUGUUCCAAACCGCAAACGGAGGAGAAGUCAUUCCUCAGCUGACUGCAGAGAGAAGCAAACAUGUGAUAUCCGCCUCCGGGUUCGCGCUGAAUACUGCCAGCAUGAGUCUGCGCUUCAAGGCAACGUCUUCUCCAACAAGCAAGAGGCAGUGGAGCGACAGUUUGAGCGCUUCAACCAGGCCAACACAAUCCUCAAAUCCCGAGACUUAGGCUCCAUCAUCUGUGACAUCAAGUUCUCUGAGCUCACCUACUUGGAUGCCUUCUGGAGGGACUACAUCAAUGGAUCUUUGCUUGAGGCCCUUAAAGGGGUAUUUAUCACAGAUUCCUUAAAACAGGCUGUGGGCCAUGAGGCUAUAAAACUGUUGGUCAACGUUGAUGAGGAGGACUACCAGGCUGGUCGACGCAAACUGCUCCGUAAUUUGGUCACAAAUGGAGGGAGCCCACCAGGAGCUAACAAAGACUGUGUAUCUUAGACGCACUCUUCAGGUGGAAGCAUAUGGGAGGAACGCUGCUGUGCCUCCCCCACAGGGAAUAGAGUGAGAUGUGGUUGUGUCGUUUGAGGUGCCCGGAAUGUGUGCCUGAAAGGAACUAAAGAACUUCUAGCCACCACAUUGAUUCCUUGAGAGCUAAGGUCAUAGGACAUCUUCUUGGCACCCCUAAGCGUAGCAUGCGAGAUGAUUGGGAACUAUGUUAGCAGAAAGAAGUAGGCGAUGCAUACAGGUUGACAUUAUUUUGAAUGUUAAGCUGCUCAUUUUCUUCAAGGAGGAGAAUGCUGAUUCAUGUGUGCAUUGAAUUGAACUAAUUUCUUGUUUCUGGUAUGUUAGCUCAUUGAAACACAUUUGUUAACUCUAAUGAUACUCUUCACUCCUGUUCAAAAGUGGAGUUAUUUUCAAUACAGGAAACAUGCUUAACACUGACAAGUUACUCCCAGUGGGAGUUGUACCUUAUUGUCAAACUGGUUCAUCUCUUUUCCAGGUUUUUCAGGUACAUUACAGAUUGAUUGGAUUAACCCAAUGAGAGAGUGUUCUGUAUGUUAUAGAAAGGCGCAGACCCUAGUUGACCUACAAUUUGUUUUUUCUAUCAGCUUAUUAUCCUACUUUCCCAAAACUUUGCAGAGUUUCCUUGUCUGGAAAGAUGAACCCUUCCAGAGCCUUUUUAUUGGCUCAUAUUUGGUCACUGUUUGACAUUAUUGUGUUUUGGCUUUGUUUUAACCAGUUAUCAUGUUUUACAACAUAGCUUGUUACCAGCAGCUGUGAUUCUGGCCUAAUUUGAAGUGUCACGUCACUGCCAAUAUUUAAAACCUUGUGGAUUGUUCUAAUGUUUUGUCGUUUUCCAAUGAAACAUUGAGUCGUUCACAGGUGUUUUAGAUUUGUUUGAUUUGCAAAUCAGUGCCAGUUUCAUUGUCCGCCUGUAACUCUGGACCUCUGCUUACUGACCCUCUCACUCAUGUUCACUUUUAUAUAUAUAUUUAUAUAUAUAUAUAUAUAUGUAUAUGUUACUGUAGAUAUAUCAGACAGAUAUACCACUGAACAUUUUAUUUUAUUUGAAGUGACAAAUGACAACAAAUCAACAAACCAACAGCAGAUGAAAAUCACAGCCAGUAUGUGGACAGUCAUCUCAGUUGUGCAGGUGGUAAGAUGCCAGAACAACUUUAAAUAAUUCACAGGGCUUGGGCUUGUUUUUGUGAAGUUAAAGAUAUUUCACUCAACCGUACUUGGAAGUUUCACAAGUGAAAUCCUCAGCACAUUCUCUGUGGAUAUCUCGUGCCUCCUUGUGGAAGAGGAUGUUGAGGCGACAUACUCAGAAGGCGUUAUGAGCAGGUGUUGCACUCACUUCCUCAUCUAGUCGCUUGACAUCCUGUUGGUCAUGUAGGAGAAACGACAUCCUUCUCCGUCGGGAGGUGUGACAUCUCCAUGGGCUUUCACAAACUUCUAAGGUUUUAAAACUGAAAAAAUAGGACGUUGUGGACCAACAGAAUAGCAAGGCAUAUAGCAUGUUGAUCCACUACAGUUUAAUGCGCAGUUCCUUAACAAUAACAUGCUUCUAGUGGUAGAAGACCACUUCUACAGUGUAGCCUGAAAUGCUAAUUAACCAAAAUGUGAAUUUACAUUCUUUAUCUUCCUUUUUUUUUUGGGUAACCGUGGAAUGAGAUGAAUUAACAGACAUUAGGUUCGGUGGGUGCCUGUAACAAGCACAUGUUGACAGUAUUACUGAUUAUAGCUUUAAUUUUAUGCAGUCAUAAAAAUACACUCAGUGGCCACUGUUAUUGUAGUUCCGGGAAGCCCCCCUUGAACAGCCUGAGAUCUUCAUCGCAUGGAUUCAACAAGGUGUUGGCGAGUAGAGAUUCAUGUUAACAUGAUAGCCUCAAGUAAUUUGUUGUCCAGGCUGCAGGAGUCCAACAAGGUCAGCGUCAGCAAGCUUCAGAAAUGGUGCACAGCAUUAACAGUUUGUGACAUACCCAUUGACGAGUCCGCCGCAGGUGCCGUUGAGCCCAUGGCGUUAUCCAUAGUUCCGCCCUUUGUUCUUCUUGUAGAGGCAAAACAUUGCAGGCUGGCGGUACCAAGUGCAAAGCAAACCUUCUCAAUUCCAGUGAUUUUUUUUUUUUUUUUCAUAGAAAUUAAGUUCAGAGUUUAUGGAACUGUUGACAGUGGUUUGACUUUGUGAAUUAGGAACACAGACUGUCCACUACUGCCAUACUAUUUUAUCUCAUGCAGGUGCAGGACUGCUGUGCAUGUUGGCGGCCAACUGGCUGUAGGCUGUAGUCUCACUUUUAACAAAAAACGUGAGUCGACCAACAUUAUCACCAGACAAUGUCAGUGUAAGACGUAUCCUACAAAAUCCUGGAUUAUGUUCAGAGACAACAUCCUUCAAAGUCUUGCUUUCUGCGAUGUCAUGAGCAUGGCAAUUGCACUAUCGUUAUGGUUAGAAAAAUAUUGUGGUUAUGUUUAAUAAAUAGGCAAAUUUCAAUUGCAGGUCCGGGAUGCAAUCUCCAAUCUUCUGUAUCAAAGUCAGACCCACACAUGCCCAUCUAUCAACCCAACCUCCACACCCUUACUUUCAAGUGCAUAAAGAACACACUGCUUACUACACUGGCACUGAAUGUUGGCAUUUGACGUAAAUCAUGACGUGCAGAAUCGUUCGGUAUGCGGACAAUUCCUCGGAAUACUGGCCGGAGUCAAUACCAAGUCAAGGGGGCGCCAUAGUCGUAUACUUUCAGAUUCUCUGAAUUGUGAUUUUUAAAAAAGAAAGAAUGGUGUACCAGUAACGUUUUGUUUGGAAAUGUUUAAUAUCAGUGAUAAUGUGUCAGAGUUGAAGUAUAACCACAAUGCUGUUUUGUGAUGAGAUUAUUUAGAUUUUAUAACAGAAGAAUGUUAGAGACUGGAUGUCAUUUUGGCAAGGACUGUCAUUUGAACUGCCAGUCUCUAAGGCUAAUAUCUUACAUUUUUCCUUCAUUUCUCAUUACUCAGUGCACAAAGCCAAAUGAUUGACAUAAAAACAUGUGCAGACUCAUACUGUGUACUUGUCAGCAAAGUAAUGUUUUGAUGCAUUUCUUCACUUCCCAUCUUGUUAUUUUACUUGCUGCAUUACAAAUGCAUUUCUUAUUCUUUUUGCCAAAUCUCUGUAAUCUCAUUUUGCCUCUGAUUUAAAAAUGUAAUGAACUCUUGUCUAGCUUUCCAUCAGGUAGCAUUUUACUUUUAUGUACCCUAUUAAAUUCAGUGUAUGUUUCUGCCAAAUAUAUUCUUCCUGCUACAAAAGCCCUUAUCUCUGCUGUAUCAUACCAUCCAUGGGUACAUAUCCGAACUCACAAGUCAUGACUGACAGGCCACUAUUACUGUGAAUUAUAUAGAGUAGGCCUACAUUUUAUAUUUUUACCCCAGUGGAAUUUCAUGUAAAGGUUGCAAGUUAGUAUCUAUUAUAUAGGUUGGUGUAUGUUCUGUUCGUUGUAUGUUAUGUUAGUUGUUAAAUGCAGCUGUCUCUUACACAAAAUUGCAUGUAACCUGUUAGGAUCUCCUGAAAUGUCAUAGAAACUCACAGUGCUAACAAUUUGUAAAUAACUUUAUUGGAUGUCAGGUUUUCUUACUGCAAUUUUGCAUUUCUUUCAGAAAACAGACAAGUAGGACUGUUAAUAAAUGAGAUGGAUGGGUUUUGUUGAAGUCCCAGUCCUAAUUAUUUUUAUUAUGUCACAUGGCAAAAUUUUGGGUGGAAAUCUGUGUACAAACUCCAGAUAAGAAAGUAUAGAGGACAUAUUUAAACAUGGUUUCCUGAUAGAUAUAAUGCUUAUUAUGGACUCGACCAAUAUUUUAGAAAUUUUGCUAAAACCUUUUCCUGCUUUGACACACCAACCCUGUGUAUGAUGUGGAAUGUGUAUGAUAAUUUACAUUAGACUGAUCCUGGGUGCAUCUCAUUUCUCUUACACAUUUGUUCUCAUUCCCUCUUGCUCCUCAGCUCAUCACACUCGCGACGUGAGGAAAACAUACAAGGAAGGAGAAAUCCAGGCAGCACAUUUUGUCUGACUGACGAGGCAAACCAAGUUUAUUCAGGCCAAGAAUGUUCUUGCAGAGACUUGAAUGUAAUGUAUGUCAGUGUGAACCCCACAAUCUACUGGUAUGAUGGUAUUGCUUUCAACACAUACCCUAAAUGAAAUGAUAAAAGAUUUGGUGGUUAGACCAACAAAAGUUAACCUUGCUGUGUUUCUAUAUGCCAUGGAUACUCUGCAAACUGAGCUUUGGCUAACCACUGCUACAGCAGGUCUGCUGUCAGUCAGUGUGAUCCAACGUGUACAAAAUAGAUUAAACAAAUUUAUGAAAAUAUG